CUUUUGACCGACAACUAGUUAAGAAUUAAUUCUAAUUCUGAAUUUCUUAGUAAUUAUAAAAUAUUUGUUUUAAAGUUUUAGCCCGUUUAAGGUAGAUUAAUUUUGGAUUUAAUACGUAAUCUAAUGUGUAAUAGUAGUUUAUUGCCCAGUUCAAGUAGUUAAUAAAUUAAGCAAAAAAUGGCCUCAUCAAAUACUUUACAAAAGGCAAUCGAUCUUGUCACUAAAGCUACAGAAGAAGAUAAAAACAAAAACUAUGAAGAGGCAUUGAGGCUUUAUGAACAUGGUGUAGAAUAUUUCCUUCAUGCUGUUAAAUAUGAAGCUCAAGGUGAAAGGGCUAAAGAGAGCAUUAGAGCAAAAUGUUUACAAUAUUUAGACAGAGCUGAAAAACUAAAAGAGUAUCUUAAAAAAGAUAAAAAGAAAAAGCCCAUGAAGGCUGGAGAGUCAAACUCUAAAAGUGAUGAGAAAAAAAGUGACAGUGAUAGUGAUUCUGAUGAUCCAGAAAAGAAAAAAUUACAAGGAAAAUUAGAAGGUGCCAUUGUGGUUGAAAAGCCACAUGUCAAGUGGAGUGAUGUGGCUGGCCUUGAGGGAGCCAAAGAAGCCCUUAAAGAGGCUGUUAUCUUACCUAUUAAAUUUCCGCACCUAUUUACAGGGAAAAGAAUACCAUGGAAGGGUAUCCUUUUGUUUGGUCCUCCUGGUACUGGUAAAUCAUAUCUUGCUAAAGCAGUGGCUACUGAAGCUAACAAUUCAACAUUUUUUUCAGUCUCUUCAUCUGAUCUUGUAUCAAAAUGGCUUGGUGAGUCUGAGAAACUUGUUAAGAAUCUCUUUGAACUGGCCAGGCAACAUAAACCAAGUAUCAUCUUCAUUGAUGAAGUUGAUUCUUUAUGUUCAUCAAGAUCUGACAAUGAAUCAGAAUCAGCCCGGAGAAUUAAAACAGAGUUUCUUGUGCAAAUGCAAGGUGUUGGUAAUGACAUGGAUGGCAUUCUUGUACUUGGCGCUACAAAUAUACCUUGGGUUCUUGAUGCAGCUAUAAGGAGGCGAUUUGAAAAACGAAUUUACAUUACAUUGCCUGAAGAACAUGCUAGACUUGAUAUGUUCAAACUUCAUUUAGGAAAUACCCGACACGUGCUAACAGAACAAGAUAUGAAAGUGUUAGCAUCUAAAACAGAUGGAUAUUCAGGAGCUGAUAUAAGUAUUGUAGUUAGAGACGCUUUAAUGCAACCCGUACGUAAGGUGCAGUCUGCAACACACUUCAAAAAAGUGACUGGACCUAGCCCUACAGAUCCCAAUAUUAUUGCUAAUGAUUUAUUAACCCCAUGUUCCCCUGGCGAUCCUGGGGCUAUGGAAAUGACUUGGAUGGAUGUGCCAGGUGACAAAUUAGCUGAGCCACCAGUUUCAAUGUCCGAUAUGUUACGUUCCCUUGCAACAUCCAAGCCAACUGUAAAUGAUGAAGAUAUGAUCAAGUUGAAGAAGUUCAUGGAAGACUUUGGUCAGGAAGGUUAAUAUUAAUAAUUGUUAUAAAUCUUAUAAAGCACUGAGCUUAUAUUUGUAUAGCAUGCUACUUACUUUCAUAAUGUAAGUUUUUUUGCAAUUCUAAUUUCUUGGGAUAAAAGGCCUAUAAAAAAGAUUGUUUAAUGAAAUACAUCUUGAGAUUUUUAUAAAACCAUUAUGCUUAAAUAGAUAGAAGAAUUCAUGAAAGUUUUUAAUUUAUAUAAAAAAAACGGCUGCAUCUUCUUCAAGUUGUAUAUUUUUUAUAGAUUUGGCAUUUCAUAGCCAAUCUUUUCUAAAGGAAUUAACCUUUGCUAGCAUAAUAUGUAAACCAACAAUUAUUGCUAUAAUUAAAUUUGCAAUGUUACAACUUAUAUUUAAUAUUGCAUAAUAUUUGAAGAUUGAGCUAAGCCUUACAAGUAGAUUCAUAGUUAGUUAUUAAGUUUCAAGAAUCAAAAAAUUCAAAACGUAGGGUGUAUGUACUAAUUUAUAUAUUAAAGAAAUUCUAUUAUUAUGUUCUAGUAGUUACAACAACAAUAUAUAAUUAAAAUUGUGAUUUUAUUAAGUAUGAAUUUAUGUUUCAAUUUGAAGACCAAUGUUGGAAUUGAGAGAUUUCAUAGAGGAUAAUUUUAUAUAACUGAGUUAUAUCAUCUUAUAGAUGUGUAUGAGUAAUUAAAUUUAAUAAAAUUAUAUUUGAUGAUAACGGCAUAGUAUAUUUGUUAUAAAAGCAUUUUGAUUAAAUUUCAAAUGUUAGGUAUUCAAAAUAUUUUGCUGUAAUUGGAUAUAAUUUAAUGUAUUUCUUAAUUUUUUCUCAAUUGUAUCUUAACAUAGAGGUAAUUUCCUUUAUUUUUAUUAAAAUAUGAUAAUAAAUAUUUGAUUUGAAAGAU